AUCUGUAUGUGUGUGUGUAAAGUCAUAUUGUGUCAAUUGUCUGGUGAAGUCCAGCAUGGCAGCUUGAUGCCGAUUGCGGAGCUGAAUUUAAAUGUAGUUCAGUGUCAUUCCCCUAUGGUCAAUGAUUUAAAGCGAGAACACAUUUAUUCCUGGGAUAACUGACAUUGCAUUUGAAGGCGUAGGAAUCCCCAACAAAAUGUGAUUGCACCCAACAAACAACCUGAAGGAAUGUUAAUGAAUAUUUGAGAAGACCUCCGUUGUCGAGGCUAAGAUGUUGAAGACAGAGGCCUCGGCAGAGAGAAAUACCCUGAGGAGUGCCUCCCCACACCGGAAUGCCUACAGGGCGGAGUUCCAGGCUCUAAAGAAGGCGUUUGACCAACCAAGACAGGAUGAAGACCCCAAACCCAAGGACCAGGAGGGGGUCAGGCAGCCUCGAGGGCGGCAAUAUGGUGCCCAUGUCAGUCGCAUCAAGAACAUGUUCAUGCAGAUGGGGACUGAGAACGCUGGGUCCAACAGACAAUCAAGGGAUGAGACCUCCCCGCAGAAACUCAACAAGCCAACAAACUUUGUCAACAGGGCGGAUGGGUCAGUGGUCAUAUUCCAGCAUGGCACUGGAGAGCGGACUACUGGUGGCCAGCAUAACUCAAAGUUCUCCAAAACAAGGAAACUCUUUGAGCAGAGCUCCAGAGAUGCUUCACAGUCGCCUGUGUACUCUUAUGGCCGGGACAAGAGGGGUUCUCACGAGCAUUUGGAUGACUGGCGGGGGGCACGUUCUAACAGAGGCAGUACAGACUCUUUGGAUAGUCUUUGCUCCAGGACAGAGGCCUCAUCUCCCACUGUGAGUCAGCUCAGUGCUGUGUUCGAAAAUAUAGACCAACAGGGCUCCAGUGCUACUGUCCGAAGAGCCCAUGGAGGUGGAAGAGGACUGUACUCCCCAGAUGGCUUACAGAAACAGGGGGAGGCCAGCGAGGAUGACACCAGUGCGCGACAGUCUCCGUCACAUGGUUUUUACAGGAAGCGAGUGGGUAGCAAGCACAAUCUGCCGGUUUCAUCAUCUUCAGAAGAUCUUCUCAGUCCUAGUCCUCUGUCGGAGGCCGUGGACCAGAUGAAAACUGAUGAGAAGAAGCCCCAGGAAACCUCUGAGGUGGUUGAUGGAUCCAGUGAACCCAAACCAAAAGAUGAGGUAAACUCAACCAAGGCCGUGGAUGGGUCAUCAGCUGCGGCUCAAGUCAAUGACGCUGCAGGAAAUUCACAUGAGUCUACAGCUACCAAGGUCCACGAGGACACAGACGGUCAUGUGAAAGAGGAGUCUAGCCGGAUUACCGAGGAUCAAAUUGAAGAACCCAUUGAGGAAUACUGUAGCAGUGAGAGAGUUAUUUUCAAUGCCGAUGGAGAUGCUUGCUACCAGGGCUGGGGGGAGAGCUGCACCGAGGAUGACCUAUAUGAUGAUGAUCUUUCCUAUGACCCAGGAUCAGAGAUUACAGAGAUUCCUGGUCUUCCAGAGGAGGGCAAGGAGGAGAUUCCACAAAAACGGAAAAUUCGAUUCAGCUCUGCUCCCAUAAAAGUGUUCAAAACCUACUCCAAUGAAGAUUAUGACAGGAGGAAUGAAGAGGUGGACCCGGUGGCAUCCUCAGCUGAGUAUGAGCUGGAGAAACGGGUGGAGAAGCUGGAACUCCUCCCUGUAGAACUAGAAAAAGAUGAGGACGGCCUGGGCAUCAGUAUUAUAGGAAUGAGAUCAGGUGCUGAUGCAGGCCUGGAGAAGCUGGGCAUAUUCGUCAAGACUGUCAUAGAGGGUGGAGCAGCAGAGAGAGAUGGAAGAAUUAAAGUGAAUGAUCAAAUCGUGGAGGUUGACGGCACCAGUCUGGUGGGAGUAACUCAGAGCUUUGCUGCUUCUGUCCUGAGAAACACACAGGGAGUGGUCAGGUUUGUGAUUGGCCGAGAGCGUCCGGGACAGCAGAGCGAGGUGGCUCAACUCAUCAGUCAGACUCUGGAGCAGGAGAGACGUCAGAGAGAGAUGAUAGAGCAACAGUAUGCCCAAUAUGAUGCUGAUGAUGACGAGACAGGGGAAUACGCCACGGAUGAGGAGGGGGAGGCCGGGCAGACGGGAACAGACCGAGAUGUGGCCAUUGAGGUUUUCGAUUUACCUGAAAAUGAGGACAUCAUCUCGCCAUCAGAACUACAUACACUGCAUGCAUUUUUUAAGUGUCUCCAGCUGCAGAUUAAACACACUGUCACUGAAGCUGAGAUCCAGAAACUCAAGAACAAGCUGGCCACAGUGGAAAAAGAGAAGGCACGGUGGGAGAGAGAAAAAACACAGCUGAAGCAAAGCAUCGAGGAGAACAAGGAAAGGAUGCUAAAACUGGAGAGCUAUUGGAUUGAGGCUCAGACGCUGUGCCAUACGGUCAAUGAGCAUCUGAAGGAGGCCCAAAGUCAGUAUCAGGCUCUGGAAAAGAAGUACAACAAGGCCAAGAAGCUCAUUAAGGACUUCCAGCAGAGAGAGAUGGAGUUUGCUCAGAGGGAGGAUGCAGAGAAGAAGAAGCUGGAGGAGGCGGAAAAGGCUCAUUUGGUUGAAAUCCAGAGUCUUCAAGUUAGGAUUGCUACACUGGAGUCAGAGCUGUUGCAGCUGAUGAAGCAAAAUGGCAUCCAGGUAAACAAUAACAACAACAGCGCUGAGAGCCGAGCCCAGCUGACUGAGAGACUCACAGCCUUACAGUGUCCAAGGAGAGGUGUUGCUGGAGGGGAACUGGGCGAGCUGAUGGGAACCAGUGGAACUCACCCUGAGAGAAAUGAGAGGGGCUCUGGGCUUCAAUCCUCCAGGGUGGCCAGUGCCACAGAGGCCAGCCUCAGGCACCCGCAGCCUCAGCAGGGACCUGAUAAUGAGGGCUCUUCAGCAAGUCGAGAUGAGAAAUCUGGGAAAAAACUUCUAGACUUGGGAUCUUCUCUGUGGAUAAGUAAAGGAAAAGAGCAGGAUCCAAAAGGAUCUCCUAGUACAAGCUCCACAGGGCCUUCAGCAGAGAACAGUCCUGAAAGAUGCAAGAGCAAGAAAUCUUUUUCCUGGCCACGCUUCUUCUCCUAUUCAUAUUACGUGGGUCCUGCUGUCACUGAUGACCUCAGCCUCAGCAGCACCAGCUCCACAGAGAUCAGUGGCGUCCUGACAGACACUAAGAUGUCCGGCCGAUCGCAGACACUAAUGCUCUCCUCAGAUGAGAGUGUGGAUAUGAUUGAAGAUGAGAUUCUAGAUGACGCUCCUCCUCCGAAGCUGUACCAGUGGCAGAACCGCAGUGUGACUGAAUGGACAUGUCAACAGGUGUCAUGCUGGCUCAUGGGUCUGAACCUGGAACAGUAUGUCUCUCUUUUUACUGCCAAGAAUGUGGAUGGAGAGCAGCUAAUGAAGCUGGACAGCUCAGCACUCAAGGCUCUGGGUGUAGAGUCCUCUCAGGAUCGGGCUCUGAUAAAGAAAAAGCUGAAGGAUCUAAAAGUGUUGAUGGAAAAAGCUAGAAGAAACAGAGAGAAAAUUGAGAAACAGCGCAAGAAGGAACUGGAGCAGGUCCGGAAAAACAGCAACUCCUCCGGACCAGGAGAGGGCGCUACUGAAUGACACUUCUCACCUCACUACUGUCUCACCAUUAUAAGUAAAGACAAGUUCAGCAUUUCACAGGACGGAAAAUUAAUUGUAAAAGGGGCUUAUUGCUAUUGAGCUGCCAUUGGAUGAAUUGAAACCAAAAUUUCCAGAUACGACUUUUGUUAUUUUUACCGAACAAUAUUCAGGAUUUUUUGAUUUUUCACGUUUUAGCAGAACGAUCACUGCUUUUUUGGUUUCCUAUGUUUUAUGUCUGAUUAAUAUCUAUUUAUUUGCAUAUGGAGAAUAUGUAUAUAUUGAGCCAGAGCAUAUCAGCUCAUAACUCAUCCAUGACAGUAAAAAAACUCUGCAUUACAAGCACCUUUAGACAUUGAGACAAUGUACAUAUGCAGAAAGCAUAUAUAUGAAUAUGUCUAACGUGCCAUUUUCUAUCAAAAGGAGGAUCGUUUGUUAAGUGAACGCUGAAAGUUUUUAAUACGAUAGCUUUGACAAAGCACAGGUCAUAGUGAUGGACAGUGUUGCUGUCGAGUGUCUCUUCACCUCAAAGAGUUUGAGUGCUGCUCACAAGAAGCACUACAGUCUGAUUCACUGUCAAACACAAACCUUACUGUGAGAAGAAAGCCAUUAAUAGUGAUGAGAUAUCAUGGACCUUCUGUGGAUAUUUCACUGUAUACUUUGAACCUCCUGUUUGGAUCUCCUUCAUCGACCUGCCACUAUUCAAGAUGAAUACAACUGAAGUGUAUGCUCUUCUCCAAGCUUGAAUACUCGUAAUGAUCUUUGGGAAAAAAAUGGUGGCAGUAGGAUACUAAACUAUUUCAGAAGUCCGCUAUUUUAAACUUUAAACUGCUGCUUCUAUUUCACAGCUACCUGCUUCUAUUCCUCUCCAUCGCCCUGAGCUAGAUUCUCAGUUAGACCCAAGUGCUGCCUUUUGAAGUGCUGUUUAGAUUUUUGUUUUAUUUUAUGGUUUGUGGUUACAGUCCGGAUCACACCAGUUGUGUGAAUGCACCUCUGUUUUAACGGCAUCCAAAUGUUGUAGAGCAGAUGACAAAUGUGCACUUAAAACGGACCUAUCUAUGUACAGUACACUACCAUUCAAAAGUUUGGGGUCAGAAGGAUUUUCGAAAGAAAUGCAUGCUUUUAUUCAGCAGGGAUGCAUUGAAUUUACCAGAAGUGACAGUAUAGACAUUACAAAAGGAACAAAAUGUUACAAAUGAUUUUUAUUUCAAAUGAAUGCUGUUCUUUGGGACUUGAGCUUUGCCAUCACAGGAAUAAAUAACAUUUUAAAAUGUAUUAAAAUAGAAAAGAGUUUUAAACUGGAAUAUUUCACAGUAGUAUUGUUUUACUCAAUUUUAGGUCAAAUAAAUGGAGACUUCAAACUGACCCCAACUCUUAAACAGUAGUGUAUGUUAUUUUAUCAUGCUAGAUUUUAUUCGGUUUGAUCCCAUUGUUUUUAAUCAGUUAUUUGUCACGUUCACAAAGAUGGCACCAUGAUGUAGUGAAUAAGUAGUCUUUUAUAAUGUAAUUCACUGCAUUGAGUAACCAGUAUCGCCUCUAUCAGUGUAUCCUGGGUUGUAUUUUUAAAUUUAUGCAACACAUUUCUCAUAUGUAUCAAUUGUAAGUAUUCAAAACACAGUAACCUACAGACGUCAUUUUGCAUUUCAGAAUGCACUUUGAUGAGUCGUAUUAACCCUGUUUACCCACAUUCUUUUCACUGCCCAAAUUUAUCUGUCCAUAUCACAUUUUUCUCAGUUCUGCAUUCUUGUAAACAUGCUGUUUACCCAUUCGUGAUAAUACAUAUCGUUCAUGUUUACAUUUGAAUUGCUGAUUAUUUCCAUAGCAACACAAAGGCAGCUUCAGUGGAACUUGGGCACUGUACAGAGGACAUUAAGCAGUGCCUCACGACCCUGUGGAUUUAUUACAAGCACUCAAAUGUGACUCCAUGGAAGAUUAUAUACAUUGUUAAUUACUGAAUUAUAUAUCUCUAAUCAUUUUAAGUCUGUCAUAGUCUAUUUAUUUCCCAAUCAAAGAAAUGUUUGUAAAUCAGUUCACAUUAUUUAUUUAUGAAGCAAACAAUUAUUACCAAAAAACCUUUUAAUUGUAAUCAGAAAGAAUUAGAGAUUGUAUGUUUGUUAAUUAACUCACAAUGCUCUUGUGAACAUAUCUUUAUUAUUGUAAAAGACAUUUGUCUUAACAUUAUGAAAUCCUUUCUAACCGUCUGCUAUGAAUCAGCUGAAAAAAAAAAUAACCUGCUGUAGAUCCAAAUCUAACCUGCCUACCGAUAUACUGACUCUUUUGUAUGUGAAAGUUAAGCAAUAGCUUUUAAUCCCGGCAUUUUUUAUCGAUUCCAUGAGGAGACUGAAGACCGGGUCUGUCUGUUUGAAUGUGUCUGCGUGCAGGGAUAAUCACGUACGGAUCUGAGGACAGAAAUGUGCUUCUCUUUCAUGGGUUAUUUGUUGUUUUCACUAUACUGUAUGGCAGAGUUAGUCAGGGUAUAUAGAGGAACUGCACACAACGCCUGAGAAAAGAGCAUUAAUCUGUGUAUUUUUGUUCAUCACACCCGCAUGAGGGACCUCAGUGUGCCAUAUCCAUUCUUUCCAAAACUACUAAAUUCUAUCCUUUAUUUUUGUUCAUGAAAAAUUAAAAGCCUUGUGAACGUUUGUCAUGUUGGACUGUAAAUACACUUCAAAUGACAUAUUUGAUCAGACAAAUACAAUGAAAGAUCAUUCCAAA